UGAAAGCGUUUGCACCCUGCGUUUUGCGCUCUGCGCAUGGACCUUCAAAAUAGAGCCCUAAGCAUCAGUUUGUGUAGGGUACAAAGGGUAAAAAACUCACCCUCAUGUCGAUACAAACAAGUAUUACUUCUUCUGGAGUUUUACCUGUUAAAGAAAUUACAGUUUUAGAUAUUACAACUGUUGUUUAAUUAUUAUUAUAACGAAUUAGCAUAUUUAAACAAGAUCAUUCAAUGUUUGUUCAGUUUAACUUUCCUUUUCUCAAAGUUCCACCCCUCUAGAUAAACUAUAAAGCGAGCGGUGAAACAGACAGGUAAAAUUAUUCACUUCUAGACUAAAGAUGGAUCCGCAAAUCUCCAUUUUCCUUCUGUUUGUUGUUUUCGCCGCAGGACACUCUCUCAGCUGUUCUGAGUGCAGCAGUUACAAUGGCCCGUGUACAAACCUUACAUUAACAACAUGUCCCAGUGGAACUAACCAAUGCCAGACUGGAACAGAGACACACACUGGUGCAACGAUUCCUGAUUGGAGUUUUAAAAAUUGUACUGCCGGCUGUCACAAUCGAUCCAUGAACUUCGGCACUGGGAAGUCAGCUUAUUCCUGCUGCGACUCUGACUACUGUAACACCCAAGACCCUGGCUUUAACAUCCCCAAUGGAAAGACAUGUUAUUAUUGUGAUGAGAAGGAUUGCUCAAAAAUACUCAACUGUUUAUGGAUUGAAGACCGCUGUUUUACAAUUGAAGGGAAUUUCAGCCAGCCCUUGCUUCUAAAAGGCUGUAUGUCCAAAUCUUUUUGUGAUAGACCUGUUAAUCCUACCACCACAUGUUGUGAGGGGAACCUGUGCAAUGCUGUCAAUGGUGUCCCAAAGAGUUUCACCCAGAGCGUCCCACAGACAGACACCCAGAGUGUUCCACAGACACUGAAUAUUACUCAGAGCAUCACCCAAAGCAUCCCACAGACAACGAAUAAUACGCAGAGCAUCACCCAGAGCGUCUCACAGACAAUGAAAAUUACCCAGAGCGUAACCCAAAGCAUCCCACAGACCGUAACCCAAAGCGUCUCACAGAGUGUCUCCCAAAGCGUCCCACAGAAAAACACACAGAGCCUCCCACAGACACUGAAUGUUACUCAGAGCAUCACACAAAGCAUCCCACAGAGCUUAACCCAAAGCGUCCCACAGACUGUCAUGCAGAGCAUCCCACAGAUAGACAGCCAGAACGUCCCAAAGACAGUCACCAAGAGUGUCCCACAAACUGUCACUUACACUGUCCCACAGACAGACACCAAGAGUGUCCCACAGACAGACACUAAGAGUGUUCCACAGACAGUCACUCAUACUGUCCCACAGACAGACACCAAGAGCAUCUCACAGACAGUCACUCACACGGUCCCACAGACAGACACUAAGAGCGUCCCACAGACAGUCACUGACACGGUCCCACAGACAGACACUAAGAGCGUCCCACAGACAGUCACUGACACGGUCCCACAGACAGACACUAAGAGCGUCCCACAGACAGUCACUGACACGGUCCCACAGACAGACACUAAGAGCGUCCCACAGACAGUCACUGACACGGUCCCACAGACAGACACUAAGAGCGUCCCACAGACAGUCACUGACACGGUCCCACAGACAGACACUAAGAGCGUCCCACAGACAGUCACUGACACGGUCCCACAGACAGACACCAAGAGCGUCCCACAGACAGUCACUCGCACUGUCCCACAGACAGACACCCACAGCGUCCCAGAGACAGACACAAAGAGCGUCCCACAGACAAACACUGAGAGCAUCCCACAGACAGACACUCACACCAUCCCACAAACAGACAUCAAGAGCGUCCUACACACAGACACCAAGAGCAUCCCACAAACAGACACCAAGAGCGUCCCACAGUCAGACGCUCAGAAUGUCUCACUGAAUGUCACCCACAUCACCCCGCAAAAUGUCACACAAAACGUCACCCAAAGCAAAGCCCAGAGUAGCCACAUUACUAACAGUGUUAGCCAGAGUGUGGUGUUCCUCUGUUUUUGUCUGCUCUCCCGAAUGCUCAUACCCUGAGCUCCAGAAAACUACAACAAACCCCUCAUGUAUUUGUGCAUAGUUAUGCAAGUAAAGCUGAUCCUGAUGCACAGAUUUCACAUUCAACAAGGUGAGGCCAUCUACACAAUAUAUGGCCUUUUAUUCUUCUAUUUCUCGGUUCUAAUGUGAUUCAAACACUUUAUUUAGCCCAACAUUACAGGGUCUUGUUGCUGUUUAAUAAAUGAUGUGAAAUUGCAAUUAAAUCGAACGGUAUCUGCUGAUGAAUUAAACUUCAGUGUUGAAAACAAACUUUGUGUUGUUACUGAUGAAAUUUGCACAUCAAACUAAAACUGCAAUUCCAAAACUG